UCUGUAGGCUUUCAAACUCUCAAAACACUUAGUUUUGUUGGACUAUACCGGCAAAUAUGUAAGCGUAUCAUUAUUUAUACAUUUAUACAAAUAACUAUGUAACACAUUGAUUAUAUAUACUAAGAGCCAUAAAGAUGCCCAUGUUUUGUAGACAUGCACAAUUAAACAAGUUAUAAUAGUAAGCUUCUAAAAUAAGUGUUUUAUAAUUACUUUUUCCAGUUGCCUUCUUAUCAAUAGUGAGUUGGCGAGACAUGAAAGGCCGCCAUAUCACUAUAUUUAUGAUGAGCAUGACUCUUGCAUAUAGUGCUCCAACCAGGAACUUUAUGGCUACAGUGAACGUCUCUAAUACGAGUUCUACGACCUACUCUCCUACAACUACUUCGGACUUGCCUCAAGGACUCACACCAGGCAGACAUAAUCUUCGCAGUGAAACAGACAACACGCCUGGAAGAUGCUGUUCCUCUGACUUAUCAAAGAGGUGCUGUCCUUAUGACUACGAUAACAACAAAUGUGAGAUCUCUGACAACAGGACAUUGUGUGGUUACAAUAAAAAUCAGGAAAAACCAACAGUUAUUGAAACGACUACAGUUAAGUAUGGUCUUAUUUGUUGGCUUGUAAAUGAUCGCUUAGAGUGUGGAUAUGAUAAAGGAUCUCCUGUUACUGACCAGUCUACACAAGAACUCACGACUAGAAAACCAGUAAUUUCUACGACUGUAACUACAGAAAAGAUUACCUCUAAAGCUACGAUAAAAACGAGCACCGAAACAACAACGAAAACUAGCAUUACCACGACUAAACGUACAACUGAAACUCCAGAAAAAAUCACCAGCACUACGCCUAAACCCAAAACUGAGACUACACGACAAUCCACUGCUACAAGACAAACUGCUGUUGAAGAACCCACUACUCAAACUGCUGUCGAAGAACCCACUACUCAAACUGCUGUCAAUAUCCCAGGGAACUGUUGUUCUUCAAAUUUUUCAAAAAGUUGCUGCCCCUACGACUAUGAUGAUAGCAAAUGUGAUAUUUUCGACAACAGGACGGUGUGUGGUUACAAUAAAAACAAGAAAAAACCUAACGAUAAUGAAGCGACCAAGCAAUUUACUAAGCAAGGGCUAAAUUGUCAAGACAGAGACGAGCGAGUGGAGUGUGAAUAUAAUAAACGAUCUGACAUUACCGAUAGUUUUACUCCUUCAACUAAAUCACACUCAUAUAAGCUUCUAGACCGAAAGAAACGAAAAACUAAACGAAUUCAAGAAACUACUUCAAAAGUUACAAAAGCAAAUACCACGACAGUUACGACAGAAAUUAAAACAACAACAACACAACGCGUAAAGGCAAAGAGAACAACAACACAACGCGUAACGCCGAAGAGAACAACAGGACGCCGCACAACCAUUGAGUGUGUGGAGAUUCACUCGAAGAAGGCUUGUCGCGUUAUUCGUCUCGAUGAAGAAUUAAAUUAUGACUAAACAUAUUGUGCCAAUGAAAGAAAUGUUUGUGAAUUCGUACACACUUUACACACAGUAGUACCACCUAACUACCUACCUAUUUUAUGUGGUAUGACGAUAUGUAUUAUGUAUGUAGGUGUUCCAUAUAGAAGUUCUAAGAAUAUCAUGUGAAAAUUUAUUUAAUAAACAAGAGUAUGUCGGGUCACGCUCAGUGUAGGGUUCUGUAGUUGCCAAUCCGUCACAACAUACCUUGAACGGGUGCUAUUAGUAAGGAUUAUUUUCAUGUACAUAACAAUGAAAAGGGAGUAUAUAUCUUCACAGCGCUUCGUACGUCUUUUUACUAUGAAGGGAAGACUUUUUGAGAUAACUCAAAAACGGCUUAACUUCGCUAUAGUUUUUCAUUGAAUGUUUUUAUUGAGAAUUAUAUUCACGAUUUUUUUAAUUUUUUGAAGUCAUGGUUCAAUAGUUUAGGGGCCCCCACAAUUUUUAUUUCAUUCAGAGCAAUUAUUUUCGAAAAUAUUCUCUUUAUCUAAAAUGGUUUAUUGAAUACCCCUGUUGCUAGAUUAAAAUAAACGAUACUACGUUAGGUACUCUACCAAAAAAAUUUAUAAGUACUUUUAACGUUUUGUUUUCUAAAGGAUAUGGUACCUAUAUAUUGCCUACCAACCAAAGUAUAAAUAAAUAGUCUCAUGUUCUUUACGGCUACCGUAAAAUGGGGUCAGUAGGGAUUGCGAGGAGAGUCGGGUUAUGAAUUGGGAGAGAAGGGAUGACGGGGGGGUGAGAUGGUUUUUAAAGGCUACUGCUACCUAAAUAAUGUAUUUUUAUUACAAAUGGAGCUAUAGUAAUAUUUAUAAUAAAAAAAGUCGAUUCAACAACGUUUCAAUAUCACCUUUUGUAUGAAAUCCCAUCUCACCCCAACUACGAGGGACUACGGGACUAAGGAGGGAUUUUGUGUUUAUCGUUAAAGUUAUGAAAUGGAACUACCUAAAAUCAUAAAAAAACUAAAAUACAAACGGCCGGAACAUUUAUUAAUAAAAUUAAGUUUGCAUAAAAUGUUAUCGAGGUUUGAAUGUCAGUUUUGUCCCUACCCAUUUUACGGUACCUAUUAUAAUAGAAUUUUUUUGUUGACAUUCCUACCUAUAAAUAAAAUACCUAUAUCAAUCAAUUUCAAUUAUAUUUUCUUCUUACUUUACGACUCUCUAGUAAAUUUAAUUGAUAAACUUAGAUUAACCCAUCGAUAUAGCCAUGCACGUCACUUUACUCUUGAUCUGUGCCGCACUGGUAAACUGCCUGCCCUGUAAGAAACGUAUAGCAGACGAAUUCCAAUCAGCAAGGCGUAAUGAAAAUGAGGGAUAUCGUUACUAUUUCCACACUACUACAACUGCAAGUCCCAGGUCUACAAGAAGUCCAAUUACUAUUAAGACAAUAACACCUAGAGGAAAGAUUUGCGCCCCCUAUGAAUUCAACGAAACGAUUUGCGAGUAUGUUGGGGAUAGAGAGUUAUGUGGAUUCAAUAAGAAUCCUGAGGUGGUGCAAAGUAAAUCUAACUCAAAAGCGCGGUACUUAUCUAAUGGCUGUUGGCUUAGAAAAGGCCGUGUCGAAUGCGGGUAUAAGGAACCAUUUGACACUAUACGCCGACCGCCUAUAGUAUACCCAAAUUUGUUUCGUCAGGAAGACGAUCAAAGCACCGUUCAUGCGAUUUUAAAUGGAAAAAAAUUGGUUAUCGUGACAAGUACUACAACAACUACUACUACCACAGAGGCACCGACUACAAUCUAUCAGGAAUGUGUAGAGAUUCAUUCACGAAUUGUUUGUCGUACUACUCGUGAGAGAGUUGUAGUAUAAUAUUUGUUAUAAGUUAAGUAUUUUGAGAUAAAACCUUGCUUAAAAAUACUACGACUACGUUACAUUAGUUUGUGCUGCUUUCCCCCCAUUACCAGAAAUUAGUCACUCUACAUUUUACUCAAAAGGGCCGGGAAAUGUUGUUAACUUGUUAUGCGUGUAUGCUCGAGUUUUUGUCUUAGGUCCGCAAAUAGCACUUGACAGGUUUUAAUUAUUUUAAGUAUAUGUGGUUUAAUUAUUUUAAGUAUAUGUGUUUUAAUUAUUUUAAGUAUAUGUGUUUUAAUUAUUUUAAGUAUAUGUGUUUAAAUUAUUUUAAGUAUAUGACGAGAUUCUAAGAUAUCAUUUCAGAUAGUUUAAAGCUUUACUUGACCUACUGCGGAUCAGAAAUGAAAUUAGCAUAAUUUCCACCGUAGAUCAGGAGCUCACGCUAAGGUCACGUAAAUCAUAGUUUUCAUUGACUCAUUAAAUAAUUGUCGUUAGAUGAGCCAGACGACCUUUAGUUACACUAUUUGUAAUAUAAACGGAUGAAGUACAAUAAAAACUUAUUGUCUUUAUUGUUUUACUCAUUGGGUCAAUGGGUCAAAAAUCAAAGGCACAAGACUUUUAAAUUUUUAAUAUCUAUUCAAUAAAUACUACCUAACUUAUUAAAGCCUCUUAUUGUUAUGACUAAGUUAAUACUUGAACCCUUUAUUUAUAGUUUUUUGACGGCCGUUGCCAGUAAUGGUCUCAUAGUUC